GGUCAGGAUGAUAGUAUUAAAAUUUUAGUAUAAAAGGUGCCGAUGCAUCGAGACAAAGCAUACUCCACUUGGUAUCAACCAUGAGGUUCAGUGUAGUAUUUUUGGCCCUUCUGGCCCUCGCAGCUGCUGUUCCCCAAGUUCCCCAUCCACGUGCCGCUGAUCAAACUCUCCUUCAAAGACAACAGGAUGUCAUCUAUCUGUUAGAAAACUUAACCGGCGAAAUCCCCAAUGAUCACCUCCGCGGAAUUGGACACACCUAUGACAUUGAAGGAAACCUCCAGGCCUAUGAGAAUCCCAACUUGGUGAAAUAUCUCGCUACUGCUGUUCGUACUGGAAAUGUUCAGCCAAAGCGUACCGUAUUCUCCCCAACUGUGUCUGCUCUCCGCCAGGAAGUCAUCCUAUUGACAAGAAUCUUCCUUGGUGCCAAGGAUUACACCACAUUCCUCCACACUGCUGCCUGGGCUCGCGUUCACUUGAACGAGGGUCAAUUCGUCAAGGCUUUCAUCAUCGCUGUUCUCCAACGUCAUGACACCCAAGGCGUCACCAUCCCACCAACCUACGAAAUCCUCCCUCACUACUUCUUUGACGCUAGAGUUAUCCAAGAAGUCGAGAACAUUAAAUCCCACGGUGUCAGACACACUACUGGUGGUCAACAGGUCCAUUACAUUCCAAUCAACUACACCUCCCACUUGCCAGCUGGAGAACACCAUAUUGCCCACUUCACUGAAGAUAUUGGUCUCAACAACUACUACGAAUACUUGCAACAUGCUGCCUACAUGCUACCUGAACUCCUCCACGAACACAAACAAGGAUCCGGAGUCUUCGGACACCACAACUACGAGCGUGACGACCAAGUUGGAUACGGUGCACGUUGGUACUACCUUCAUCAACAACUCUUGGCUCACUACAAUCUCGAACGUCUUGGACAAGGUCUUGGCCCAGUUGAAGAUUUACACUACCAUCACUUAGACAUCCCACACAAACCCCAUCUCAAGUACAUCAAUGGUCUUGAAUUCUCUGGACGUCCAAGUGGACCAAUUGACGUUACCCACAUCCGUCACCAACUCUAUCAAUAUGUUCACACUUUGGAAAAGAGAAUCUUCGAAGCCAUCGACGCUGGACACGUCAUCACUCCACAUGGAGAAUUCCUCUCUCUCUACCAACCACAGGGAUACAACAUUCUUGGUGACCUCAUCCAAGGAACCGGCAGGAGCAUCAAUCCAAGAUACUACGGCAGUUUCGUCGAAGCAUCCAAGGUCCUUCUUGGAGGAACUCCACAAUUCGAUAACAUUUGGGAAUACACACCAUCAUCAUUGGAAAUCUCCUCCACCACUGUUCGUGAUCCAGCUUUCUACAAUCUCUUGAGACACAUCAUUGGAAUCUUCCGUCACUAUCAAGAAUCUCUCCCAGCCUACCAAUACAAUGACGUCGUCUUACCAGGAGUCCAAGUACAGAAAGUUGAUUUCAGCCAUUUGAUCACAUACUUCCAGGACUAUAUUGUCAAUCUCAACAACGCUGGAGUUGAAGGUGUCUACGAGAAGGAACAAAAGGAACACCAGAAAGGAACUUUGGACAUCAAGGGUCUUUUGAAGAGACUCGAUCAUCAACCAUACGAAUACCAAAUCUACGUUCAGAGUCAAAAACCCGUUCCCCACGCUGUUGUUCGUGUCUACCUUGGACCCAAAUUCGACCACGAGGGAUCACCAAUUGACAUCAAUACCCACAGACAUCACUUUGUUGAAUUGGACCAAUUCGUCUACGAUCUCGUUGAGGGACAAAACGUCAUCACCAGAAACUCCCACCAAUCCUCCAUCCACAGCACUGAUGUUCCAUCAGUUGAUGAGAUCCUUCAUCAUGUUGAAAAUGCCGCUCAUGCCCAAAGCCCACACUACUUGAUUGAACCACAACAAGUUUAUGGAUUCCCAGCCAGGCUCGCUUUACCCAAGGGUACAUACGGUGGUUUCCCACUUCAAGUAUUCGUUGUCGUCUCUGCUGGAGCUCAUCAACAUCACUAUGGACCAAUCAUUCCUGACCAUGUCAACUCAUAUCACAGCCACUCCUAUCAACCCGUCAGCGUUGGCGAAUACGAACAAAUCACUCAACAACCCGCCAAGACCGGAGAAGGUUACACCAUGGUCGAAGUUGUUCCUGAUGUAGAGGAAUUAGGCACUGGCAUCAACCAAGGCAAAUGGCACUGGACCCAAUUGUACAACAAAUACCACGGAUACUACCAACAACCACAAUGGCAUCAUCAACACGUUGAACAUCAUCAACGCCAAUACCCAACUGUUGGAGGAGGCUAUCACUAUGGACAACAAGGAGCUCGCGUAGAACAUCAACAACAACAACAAGGACAAGUUCACCACGGAGUUGGACAAACAGGACAAACCGGUUAUGAAGGUGGCAAAUAUCAAAGCAUCUACCAAACUCACUUACACAGCGGAAGCGGUGUUGGACACGAGGGACAAGGUUACCCACAAGGACAGACAUACACCCAUGGACAGACAUACGCUCAAGGUUAUGGAUAUGGACAUGGUCACACCUAUGGACAAGGACACACCUUUGGACAAGGACAAACAUACCAACACGGUCAAGGACAUGGACACGGAUUCUAUGGUGGUGCUUAUCCAACAGGAAUCUGGGGAUACGUCUCUGGAAUCACUGGCCAGGAACCCCAUGACGAAUUCCUCCAGAAAUAUCAUCAUGGACAUCACAUCUCUGAAGUGAUCGGUGGUGCCAUCUCUCUUGAUGGAAGACCAUUGGGAUGGCCAUUCGAUAGACAAUUGGGAGUCAGCGUUUGGCAUGCACCCAACAUUCAUGUGACUGACGUCUUCGUCUAUCAUCAUGAUGUUCCAGUUUCCCACGUUGUCGAGGGCCAUCAUCAUUAAAAUUGUUUAGGGAUUUUAAAAGAAAAUAUCAAUUUUUAAUUGUAAUCUUGAUUGUAAAUUAGUUAUUUUUUCUGACAUGGUAUAAAUAAAUUGCUGUUAAAUAUAA